UGCACAUGGCAGGAUCUAGCGUUGCCGACUUUCACUCGUUAUUCGUGAGUUUAAAAUGCUUUCACUAACCAUAAGAGAGCUUGCGGCUCAUUUUAAGAGCAAAAAGUAUUCUCCUUUGGAAGUAUGUUUGGCCUGUUUGAAAGAUAUCAAGGAAACCAGCUGUCUAAACGCGUUUGUAACGGUGUUGUCAGAGCAGGCACAAGAGCAAGCGAGGGAAAGCCACGAACGUUUGGCCAAAAAUGCACCGUUGGGGCCCUUGGAUGGCGUUCCGAUUGCUGUGAAAGAUAACUUUUGCAUGUCUGGUGUAAGAACAACGUGUGGAUCGCGAAUGCUUGCCGAUUUUCACCCGCCUUACACAGCGACUGUCGUCGAGAGGCUUCGAAAACAAGGCGCGGUCAUCCUUGGCAAGACGAACAUGGACGAGUUCGGAAUGGGCUCGGGGGCCACCGAUUCGACUUUUGGACCGUCCAGAAAUCCGUGGAAGUAUCUGGGUAAGGACGCGACGGAUGACUGGCAUAUUGCCGGUGGAAGUUCCGGUGGCAGUGCCGUCUCGGUAGCGACGGGUUGUGCUUUCGGUGCUUUGGGCUCCGAUACGGGUGGUUCGACGCGAAACCCGGCGUCGCGGUGCGGCGUCGUCGGCCUGAAACCCACGUACGGAGCACUUUCUCGACAUGGACUUAUCCCGCUAACAAACUCUAUGGACGUUCCCGGCAUAUUGGCGAAAACGGUGCACGAUGUCGUUCUGUUGUUCAACGCUACGGCUGGUGUCGACGAAAACGACUCCACGAGUGUGCCUCUUCCCGAGCACGCGCAGAAUCUGGAGUUGGAAGAGGAGCCGUCGCUCGCCGGCAUUCGUGUUGGCAUUCCAAGGGAGUACCACUGUCCGGGUAUGGCGCCUGAAGUAGUUGACGUUUGGCGGUACGUGGCCGAUAAGUUAGACUCGCUGGGCGCCAUAGUAUCCUCGGUGUCGUUACCUCAUUCGCAGUAUUCAACGGAGUGCUAUUCGGUACUCAACUGUUGCGAGGUGGCGUCGAACUUCGCUCGCUACGACGGUCUCGAGUACGGGCACCGCGCUGACGACGACUCUUCGACGGAAGCCCUGUACGCAUCCUCGAGGCACGAAGGGUUUAACGAAGUCGUGCGAGGUCGAAUAUUGGCUGGAAACUUUUUCCUGCUGCGUAAGAACUAUGACAAGUACUUUAUGAAGGCUCUUCAAGUGCGUCGCUUGAUAUGCGAGGACUUUAGGAGGGUGUUUGAAUCGGGUGUGCAGCUGAUCUUAACGCCGGUAACCCUCACCGAAGCGCCCAAGUUUUCGGACUGGGCGCUUAAGGAUAACAGGGAGCGAGUGUCCGUUGAAGACUUUUGCACCCAACCGGUCAAUAUGGCUGGGCUUCCUGCGGUCAGCCUGCCGUGUCGACUCUCGCGCAAUGGUCUCCCUUUGAGCCUGCAGCUCAUUGCGCCCAGAUUUGCAGAAAGGGACCUGCUGUCUGCUGCGAAGAGGCUAGAGUUGGAGCUUCAGUUUCCACGACUGGACUUGCAUCUGCACUCGUGCGACCAGAGUAGGAACGCUGCAUUCACUUCAAUUUCGUGAUUCAAACUUUUUCUGUGCAGCUAUGUUCGGUGAAUAUCAGCGGAACAAUUGCUGGUGAUGUCAUGGUGACACCAAUGAAGCUCCAGUGCAUACCUAUUCUUGCUUUCAA